AUGAUUCCUCAGCAGUUUUGGAUGGGCUUCACGGCUGGCCUCGUGGCCGCGUAUUUCUUCACCUAUACUUUGUUGACAGAUCGUGGAAAGAUCGGACAUUUCUCCCUGAAUCGUCGUUACUACGAAGACACGAUAAAUGUUCGGAACGUUCCGGAUAUACACGAACUGCUACCGAAACAUGCCGAACACGAUGACAGGGUUGCAAAGGACCUCUUCAAAAAGGUUCGUGUUCUCUGCUGGGUUAUGACGUCACCACAUAACCUAGCAACGAAGGGCAAGGCCGUGAAGGAGACGUGGGGAAAGCGAUGCAACGUCCUGCUCUUCGUGAGCUCCGUGUCCGACCCUACCUUCCCGGCGAUUGGGCUCAACGUCGCCGAGGGCAGAAACCACCUCACGGCAAAGACAAUGAAAGCGUUUCGCUACAUCUACGAACACCACGCCAACGACGCCGAUUGGUUCAUCAAGGCCGACGAUGACACCUACGUCAUCGUGGAGAAUCUGCGUUACUUCCUGUCGACGCAGAACUCCUCGCAGCCAGUCUAUUUCGGUCAGCAUUUUCAUUUCCAUACUCAGUACAACAGCGGCGGAGCAGGCUACGUGGUCAGUAAAGAGGCCCUGUUGAGGUUCGGGGCUAAAGGAAAUGAUUCUGGACUCUGUAAGCAGGACGGAGGGGCAGAGGAUCUAGAUUUCGGCUAUUGUAUGCUAAACAUUGGGGUCAAAGUAGGAAAUUCUACCGACUCUUUGGGUCGCAGUCGCUUCCACUGUUUUGUACCAGAAAUGCACAUGGAAGGAAACUACCCCGAUUGGUACUACACCUAUUACGUCAACAGUGCCAAAAAGGGAAUUGACGGCAUAAGCGACUACGCUAUUACCUUUCACUAUAUUACGUCUUCGAACAUGUACGUCUUGGAGUUCUUCAUCUACCACUUGAGACCAUACGGUAUUAUAUCGGGAAACCAGGACCUAAACUGAAGGAUCACCCGUUUUCGCCAAAGUGCUACUCAGUCCUCAUACAGUAUGAUUCGCGCACAGUUCUGGAUUGGACUUAUCGGAGGGAUUGUCAUCAUGUUUACAUUCACCAGUUACACCAUCGUCACAUACCGUGACACAAUUCGACGUCAUUACUAUGACGUCAGUCAGGCCAAGAUGAAGGAUCAAGAUAAACGAUUCGAACUCCCGAACUUUAGUUUUCCAAAAAAACUUAUCAGCGAUCAGGGUCGUGAGUUCAACAAUGACGUCGUCGAUGCUAUUACAGAUGCUCUAAAAGUUGUACACCGCCGCACCACCGCCUACCACCCGCAGUGUAAUGGACUGACAGAGAGAUUUAACCAAACACUGGAGAACAUGCUUUUGAAGCUCGACGGUGAUGCAGAAUGGGACACAUUAUUGCAUCAAGUUGCAUUUGCCUACAACACAUCCAAACAUGCAAGCACAAAGUGUUCUCCCUUUUACCUUAUGUACGGGAGGUGAGUGCUUUGAAA